AAUGAGAUAGCAUUAGCAUACUUCCAAACUUGGCUGAACCCCACCCCACCACCCUUUAUUUCCCUUUCCCUUUCACUUUCCUGCCUUGUGAGUUCUGACCCAACAGAGGCCACCACGCCCAUACUAUCCCAAUAUUCUCUUCUUUUUGGUGGCAGAAGAGAAGAGAAACAAGACCACAUCCGCAUUCAUCAUACCCACCUUAAUUUCCCCUUUCCCUUUGGCAUAGACUAUAGACUAAAGUGUGUCAAACUCACUAUGAUACUGACACUACUGCCUCCUCCAAAAUCACCAUUCUUGAAUACCCUUUUGCUCCUCUGCACUACUCUCCUCCUCCCACCUUGCUACCUGGCUCUCCCUGACCCUGAUGCUGAUGCGGUUCAGCCAAUCAUCCCAAACCCCUCAUCUUCAACAGGAACAAUCCCUGCAUUCCCAGAACAAGCUGAUGCUGCAGGGUGCCCUCUCAGCCUCUCAGAUGAGCACUACGAAGGCAUAAAGAGUGCAUGUGGCUCCAACAAACAUGCUGCAGAUGAUGAUGAUGACCUCCACCGUAGCAGAUGCUGUCCUGUGCUGGCAGCGUGGCUCUAUUCUGCAUACUCAGCCACUGCCCUUAGUGGUGGAAUGCAACAUGAACGUGCCUCAAAGGGCCAUACCACAUCCUAUGACAUGCCCUUGUUGCCUGAUGAUUCAGAAACAUGUGUGAGUGACUUGGGGAAGGCCUUGAAAAUUAGAGAAAUCCAGCUUUUUCAGCCCAAUGAGACUUGUGAUCUGGUCUAUUGCUACUGUGGCAUUAGGCUUCACCCUUUGACCUGUCCUGAGUCAUUCUCAGUUACUCCAAGUGGAACUCUUGUUGUCAAUCAAAGUGUGAAAAGAUUGGAGAGGGAUUGCUUCAGUAGCAGCACCAAUGUCAAUAAGUUUCCCGGCCUGGGAGGAUGCUCCAAGUGCUUGCAUAGUCUCUAUUCGCUUAGGAAGAAUUCUUCAAAUUCAAGCAAGUCAGAAGAUAGGACCACCAAGAUCCAUAACAAAGAUUGUGAACUAAUGGGCCUGACAUGGCUUCUGGCUAAGAAUAGAACAGCUUACAUUCACACAGUUUCUGGGGUUCUUCGAGCUUUGAUGUUGAGCACUGAAGGCUCUGACCCACAAUCAUGCACUCUAAACAGUGAUGGAAUGCCUCUUGCCGUUGAUUCCUCUGAAAUGUCAGAUGAAUCUUCAUCAACCAACCUACAAGCACCAAUUUUCCUCUCUUUGUUACUAUUUCUACAUUAUUUCACUCUAUUAUGCACCUAACUGAAAACGAGUGCAAAGAGAUUGAUCCCCAUUCCCCAACAUGGCAUUUGUAAAUUUGAAUCUGUGCUUUGGUGCUUAGGAGUGUAUUUUUAUUUUCUUUCUUGGGUGUUAAUUUGUUUGAAAGGAAAUUCAUAAUGGUUUUGUUUUGGUGGUCCUGGAUUGCCAUGUGCUAAUAGCGACCGGUGUUUCGUUUCGGAGGGACAAAAUUGGAUUACAUACAGUCGUAGUGGUGGCAUUAUUUUUAGACAGUUGUAAGUUUCACGGGGCAUUUAGGGAGCGUUUACGUCUCCACCACAAUGCCUGAUAUCUAUGUGCUUAAUUUGUCGUC